AAAAUGCUUUGGCUCAAACACAGGCACGGCCGGAGACUGCGCAGAUUUUUUUCGUUGCCUGAGUUACGCGGAACACAUUUUUAACAUAAGGAUUUUAGCCGGUGGGAUUUGAGAAUCGUUCAACUUCCGGUACCACCGGAAGCAGUGGUAACAUGGCGUCUUCCUCGUCAAAUGUGCCGGCUACAGUGACUGGGAGAAGCCAGUUACGGAAGCCGAAAUCGAAGCAGGAGAACCGAGAUGAUUCAGAACUCCUCACUGUUCCUGAUGGUUGGAAAGAACCAGCCUUUUCCAAAGAGGACAAUCCCAGAGGACUCUUGGAGGAGAGCAGUUUUGCAACUUUGUUUCCAAAAUAUAGAGAGGCUUACCUGAAAGAGUGCUGGCCACUGGUGCAGAAAUCCUUGAAUGAACAUCACGUUAAUGCAACCUUGGACCUGAUUGAGGGCAGCAUGACUGUUUGUACAACAAAGAAGACUUUUGAUCCAUAUAUCAUCAUUAGGGCCAGAGACUUAAUAAAACUUUUAGCAAGGAGUGUUUCAUUUGAGCAGGCAGUACGAAUUCUUCAGGAUGAUGUUGCAUGUGACAUCAUUAAAAUAGGUUCUUUAGUACGAAAUAAAGAAAGAUUUGUAAAAAGAAGACAACGGCUUAUUGGUCCCAAAGGAUCUACGUUGAAGGCAUUGGAACUGUUAACAAACUGUUACAUUAUGGUUCAGGGAAACACGGUGUCAGCCAUUGGACCCUUCAGUGGCUUAAAAGAGGUUCGGAAAGUAGUCUUAGAUACUAUGAAGAAUAUUCAUCCAAUAUAUAACAUUAAAACCUUAAUGAUUAAACGAGAAUUGGCAAAAGAUUCUGAAUUAAGAUCACAAAGUUGGGAAAGAUUUUUGCCACAAUUCAAACACAAAAAUGUGAAUAAACGCAAGGAACCAAAGAAGAAAACUGUUAAGAAAGAGUAUACACCAUUCCCACCACCACAGCCAGAAAGUCAGAUUGAUAAAGAAUUGGCUAGUGGUGAAUACUUUUUGAAAGCAAGUCAGAAGAAGCGACAGAAAAUGGAAGCAAUAAAGGCUAAACAAGCGGAAGCUCUCAGUAAGAGGCAAGAGGAAAGAAAUAAAGCUUUUAUUCCACCUAAAGAAAAAACAGUUGUGAAACCCAAGGAAGCUUCUAUUGAAACUAAAAUUGAUGUGGCUGCCAUCAAAGAAAAGGUUAAGAAAGCAAAGAAUAAGAAACUGGGAGCAUUUACAGCUGAGGAACUUAAGCUUAAGAUGGAAGCAAAUGAAAAGAAAAAGAAGACGAAAAAGUAACAUAUACACACCAAAAAAAAAAACAAACCUGAACUAGAAUUUAUUCAGCUAUCUC